GCAACAUCUCCUAACAUUUCCACAAUGAGGAAAAGGAAGACAACAGAUUCACCUCAUUCAUCCACAGAUCUGAGCGAAGGGAAGGAGAAAUUAAGACUGAAGCAAGAGGUUGGCCUGAUUAGCGCAGUGUCAUUAAUUGCAGGCACCAUGAUAGGCUCAGGGAUCUUCAUGUCCCCUGAGUGGGUGCUACAUCACAUGGGGAGCCCUGCCAGCAGCCUGCUUAUCUGGGCAGCCUGUGGUCUCCUGGCCAUGUUUGGAGCCUUGUCGUAUGCUGAGCUUGGAACCAUAAUUAAAGAGUCUGGAGGAGAAUAUAUUUACAUCUUGAGGAUUUUUGGUUCUUUUCCUGCUUUCCUUUUCACCUACACUUCUGUUAUCCUGGUGAGACCAGCUGGUUUGGCAGCUGUCUGUCUGAGCUUUGCUGAAUACGCCGUUGCACCGUUCUACCCAGGAUGCUCAUCUCCACAGGUUGUCAUCAAAUGUACAGCUGCUGCCUGCAUCCUGCUUUUAACUAUCAUCAACUGUCUCAACGUGAAGCUGGCGACGUCUGUUAUGAACAUUUUUACAGCUGCCAAACUCUUGGCUUUGCUGGUGAUCGUGGUGGGUGGAUUGGUGCUGCUUGCCAAGGGACAAACUCAGAGUUUUCAAAAUGCUUUUCAAAACACGACUGCAGGUAUCGGGGCGGUUGGAGUGGCCUUUUACCAGGGCCUCUGGUCCUAUGAUGGGUGGAACAACCUGAACUAUGUAACUGAAGAACUGAAGAAGCCUGAGGUGACCCUUCCCAGAGCUGUGAUGAUUGCCAUUCCUUUGGUUACGUGCCUGUAUUUGCUGGUAAAUGUGAGCUACUUAGCAGCCAUGACUCCAUCUGAACUGCUGUCUUCAGGAGCUGUGGCCGUCACUUGGGGGGACAAAGUCCUGGGCAGUUGGGCAUGGCUCAUCUCCCUGUCGGUGGCACUGUCUACGUUUGGUUCGUCGAACGGCACGUUCUUUAGCGGCGGCCGCGUGUGCUACAUUGCUGCAAGGGAAGGCCAUAUGCCAGACAUUCUGUCUAUGGCUCAUGUGCGAUGCCUCACGCCCUCCCCUGCUCUGCUGUUUACAUCUGCUAUGUCUUUAAUAAUGAUAAUAUCAGGAAGCUUCACCAGUAUCGUGAACUUUUUCAGUUUUAUAGCAUGGUUUUUCUAUGGCAUGACUAUUUCUGGUCUCCUGUAUUUAAAAAUCAAGAAACCAGAAUUGCCAAGAUCUUACAAGGUCCCAAUUAUCAUCCCUAUAAUUGUGCUGAUAGCGGCUGUGUACCUGGUGUUAGCUCCCAUCAUCGAUCAACCACAAUUUGAGAUCCUCUACAUUGUCCUGUUCAUUUUCAGUGGUGUCAUUCUUUAUUUCCCACUGGUUCGCUUCAAGUGCCACCCUCGCUUUUUACAGAGAGUCACUUUACAUCUCCAGUUGUUCCUGGAAGUUGCUCCAACCACCAGGGAUGCAAACUGAGAUAACGUUCUCCUGGUGUACGGCUGCCUGCCCCUCAUGGUUUAUCCCAGCACCGUGGUUUUCAAGGCUCAGAAAAUAUUUUUCUGUAAGGGAGAAUGAGUAGAAUGAAAGUGUCACUAAAAUGUCUAGCUGAGAGGGACUAGAGCCAUGACUCCUCACAUUUCCUUAAAAUCUGAGGGGCAUGUUUUUCUCAUUUUCAGCUCCGUCUUGGCAGAUUACAUACAGAUUCCAAAAGAAUAUGUGCUUUUGAAUUUUCCAUCCCAAGAAGAGCUGUUCGUUAAAAUCUUAGCUCUUAUAUUUCGGGGCAACAGGCAACAAAAGACUGACAAUGAAAUAUUAUUCCUCUAGCAGGCUGUGACCCCAAGCCAUUCCUGGCAAUGCCUUUAAUUAUUUCCACCUAGUUCUGCCCACUGACUACCACUGUGACCACAGAGCUUCUCAAAUAAAUAAAGCACGGGCACACCAUGUUCACAACAAAAAACCCCCUUUUCCACUGAGGUAUUCACUCUGGGAGCAUGUCUUUACCUUGCUCCUUCCAGUCCCAGGUGCACAAUCACAACAGCCCUUUCUCUCAGUACAUGGUUCCACCACAUUUCAGCCCAAAUCAUCCUACAUAUCCCAUAGAAAAACCUCUGAUGUGAGAUGAGAAGUGCUUUAAAGCUCUGUUAGUUUACUUAGUUGAGAAUGCCCUAGUCAUCUGGGAUCCAUCCAUUCGUGGUGAGGACACAGGCAACAUCACUUAAGUACCAAAUGUCACCCAAUACUCUUCCUGUAAUUCAUAGAAUGAUAGAAUGGUUUGGGUUGGAAGUGACCUUAGUUCCACUCCCCCUGCCAUGGGCGGGGACACCCUCCACUAGACCAGGGUGCCCAAAGCCCCAUCCAACCUGGCCUUGAACACUUCCAGGGAUGGGGCAUCCACAGCUUCUCUGGGCAACCUGUUCCAGUGCCUCAUCACUGUCAUCAUAAAAAAUUUCUUCCUUAUAUCUAGUCUCAAUCAACCCUCCUUCAGCUUAAACCCAUUACCCCUUGUGCUAUCACUCCCUGCCCUUGUAAACAGUCCCUCUCCAGCUUUCCUGUAGGCCCCUUCAGGUACUGGAAGGCUGCUCUAAGGUCUCCCUGGAGCCUUCUCUUCUCCAGGCUGAACAACCCCAACUCUCUCAGCCUGUCUUCAUAGGAGAGGUGCGCCAGCCUUCUGAUCAUUCCCCCAAAGACAAAUAAUUUCUUUUGUGACAAAGUGAGGAAAAAAAAUCUACAGCAUAUAUGCCAGCACGAUACUCUCAUUGUGAAUUAAAGAAACCACAUACUGGGCUGCAUUAGAAGUGUGGCCAGCAGAUCAAGGAAAUACUUUGUCACUUUGGACUCAACACUGGUGAGGACACACCUGAAAUACUGCGUUCAGAAUCAGGCCCUGCUGUUCAAGAGGGAUUUGUGAAGAAAACAGAGCCAGGCUCUUUUUGGUAGUGGCAACUAGGGGAAACAGCCACAAGUUGUGGCUUGAGAUGUUCAGGAUGGACUUCAGGAAAAUUUCUUCACCAUGAGGGCAGGGCAACCUUGGAGCAGUGUGCAGGAAGGUGGUGAGAUCUCAGUUCUCGUUUAUUUUCCCCUCAGCCAUUUCCAACAAUUUCCAUGAUUCUAAAGGCACAGCAUAAAAAAGUCAUGGGCUGUGCUCGCACUGUGUUGGGUUUGCGUGGCAAGGUUUUGGUAGUGGGGGGGCUGCAGAGGUGGCUUCUGCGAGAAGCUGCUAGAAGCUUCCCAUGUGUCUGACAGAGCCAAUGCCAGCCGGCUCCAAGACAGACCUGCCGCUAGCCAAGGCCAAGCCCCUCAGCACCUCUGUGAUAACAUAUUUAAGAAGAAGAAAAACAGUUAGAGAGAACUUUUGCAGCCAGAGAGAGGAGUGAGAAGAUGUGAGAAACUUUGCAGACACCAAGGUCGGUGCAGAAGGAGGGGCAGGAGGUGCUCCAGGUGCCGGAGCAGAGAUCCCCCUGCAACCCGUGGUGAAGGCCAUGGUGAAGCAGGCUGUCCCCCUGCAGCCCAUGGAGGAAGGAUGAGAGGGUGUAGAGAUUCCACCUGCAGCCCGUGGAGGACCCCACGCCGGAGCAGGUGGAGGCACCUGAAGGAGGCUGUGACCCCAUGGGAAGCCUGCACUGGAGCAAGCUCCUGGCAGGACCUGUGGACCCAUGGAGAGAGGAGCCUACGCCAGGGCAGGUUUGCUGGCAGGACUUGUGACCCCGUGGGGGACCCACGCUGGAGCAGUCUGUUCCUGAAGGUCUGCACCCCAUGGAAGAGACCCAUGCUGGAGCAGUUGGUGAAGAACUGUAGCCCGUGGGAAGGACUCAUGUUGGAGAAGUUCAUGAAGGAUUGUCUCCUGUGAGAGGGACCCCAUGUUGGAGCAGGGGAACGAUGAGAGGAGUCCUCCCCGUGAGGAUGAAGAAGCGGCAGAAACACCGUGAGAUGAACUGACCGUAACCCCCAUUCCCCGUCCCCCUGUGCUGCUGAGGGGGGGCAGAGGUUGAAGCUGGGAGUGAAGUCAAGCCAGGGAAGAUGGGAGGGCUGGGGGAGGUUUUUUAAGAUUUGAUUUUAUUUCUCAUUGCUCUACUCGGUUUUCCUUGGUAAUAAAUUAGAUGAAUUUCCUCUCUAAGUUCAGUCUGUUUUGCUCGUGAUGGUAAUUAGUGAGUGAUCUCUCCCUGUCCUUAUCUCAACCCACAAGCGUUUCGUUAUACCUUUUCUCCCCUGUCUAGUGAAUGAGGGGAGUGACAGAGUGGCUCUGGUGGGCACCCAGGGUCAACCACCACAGUCACUCACCCACCCCUAACACACUGCAGUCACUGUUGUUUCCCAUUACCCUGAGGGUCAACCCUUUUUCUCUUGUUCUAGGGGAAAGAGAGACUUUAUAUGCUGUUUUCUUUCCAUUUCUCCAGACUGUUCCUGGAUGGGACCUGUCCUGUCACAGGCUAAAAAGGUCUAGGUGUUAGUCCCUAAAAUGUCUUGUUGUGUCUCAAAGUACCAAAUGUUACUCAGGUCAACUUUCUGUUAGCAUUUCUUCUGCAGAUCUGUAUCUAACACUGCGUUCCUGGAACAGGGUCAGAUGAUCCUCCAGGCCUCCUCCAGCCUAUGUCAGAGCUGUGCAUCUGAUUACAAUCUCACUCUGCAAUGCCACCCCUUCUGUUCUUCUGAGUGGUGAUACCCGCAGCUACAGAGAUGCAACAACAGUCUUUUUUUCCAAGUGUUAGGUAUGAUAAUGGGAUCAGCCAGUUGCUGCUCAUCUUCUAAAUCCUUAGCUUAAACAGUGUUUAGGAGGAUUUCCUUCCACUGCUUUGUACUAGAGUUGUCAAAAAAGGUCAAUGAAGGAAUGCUUUUCCCUCCUGAGUCCUAUGACAAUGCAAAAUUCUUGGGAUGCCACCUUCUCUUGCCUCCCUGUAUACCCUGAAAAAGAGUGUGUGCUUAAAGGACUGAUGAACUCAGGAGCUCUAGGUUAACUUCCCACCACUGCCCUAGGCUCUUCAUCUGAUGUCAGGCAAGCUUCUUAAAGGAGCUGCAUCUCAGAUACUUAUCUAAUACUGAGGAUAUUAUAUUUCUGAUUAUAAGUUUUUGGAAGCAAUCUCUGUUUCCUACACAUAUUUAUAGAGCCUACCACAUGGGAGGCACUGUGCUUUUUUGAAGAUCUACAGUCCAUAUCCAAAAAACUGGGAAUUUAAAGGCUUAUUUAAAGAUUAAACAUGCACAAAAUUUGUGGCCUUAGCCAUUUAUCCUUGCGUACCUAAGUACAAUCAGGGUUUGUAUUGUCUGCACAUAAUUCUUGUGGAACAGGAGUUACUGCCACUGUUUGAUAUUAUGGAUGUAGUAUACUACGGAUGAUGAGAAGAUGAAAGGAUUAAGUGGCUUGAUCAAAGUCACACAGGAAAUGUGUGGAAAAUGUGACUGUUUCUCCCAAGGUCCAGUCAAACAUUUUGUGUAGCCCAUCCCUUCUCUUUGGGCACCUGUGACAUAUGAACGAUAACAAUGAACACAAAAAGACUUAACAGUUUGGAUAAGUACCCUUUAUAUGUUGUUGGUUUGUGUAUGGAUAUAGGAGAGCUGAAAAGCUGAAAGUAUCAUAUUUUGAACCAAUCUAAUUUUCUAUAGAUAUUAUUGUAACAAGAUGUUCUUUUCAUUUAUGUUGCCUAGGGUUUGCAAGCACAGGUGUUUAUAAUGCCAAAACAAGACACUGAAAGCUCAGAGAAUAGCAAGAUAAUUAUGAUAAAAUGGACAUUAAAAUGAAGUGAGUUGAUGUGGUUGUUUCUGUUUUUCAUCCAAGAAAAACAAUUCCAUAGAAAUUUUACUGCAUGAACAUAAUCAGCAUCAAGAUCAUCUCUCCUUGGAUGGAAGGUUUAACUACAUGCGUGGGUGCUUAUAUGUGCGUACAUUCAUUUUUCAAAAUGAUUGCUUAUCUAUUUCAACCCCAGCAUAUGCAAAUG